GCGAGCGCCGGCAGCCUUCCUCAUAACUUUUCUCUGAUCUCCAAAAACUCGCCGACUUCCCUAGUCGGGCCGGGCGUAGGUUUGGCUUCUCCUGCAGGAGGGGCAAGGUGGCCGUUAGGUAACAGGGCUGGUGACCGCCGCAAAAAGUAACCGCUGAGUCAGAGUCGGGGAGGAGUUGGACUCCGAGGACUCCGUGGAGAUCCGUCCCGGCCGGCCGGCCAGCCAGCCAGCCAGGUGUCUGUAGAGAGUGUCCUGAGAGGCUUAGCCAGGGAGUUUGUGCUUCUUGCCUGCCUCUCUCUCGAGAGAGUGGGAGUCACCGGCACGCUCCCUGAACUGCUCGGGGCAAGGCGCGAGAGAACAGGGUCUCUUCCUGCUAUGCGCUGGCGCGCUUCUCCUUGACUUGUUGAGCCGGCGCCCGAGACCUCUGUGCGGGGAACCCAGCGCGCUCGCUUCGUGGCUCGCGCCGUCGCCAGACGCGGCUCGCAAAAUCCUCUGAGGCUUCUCCGUCGAAGGGAGGCUCCGCAGCCAUGAACAUCAUCCUGGAAUUCUUCGUGGUCACCUUCAAAGUCCUCUGGGCGUUCGUGGUGGCCGCCGCCAAAUGGCUUAUGCGCCCCAAGGAGAAGAGCGUGGCGGGGCAGGUGUGCCUGAUUACCGGCGCCGGCAGCGGGCUGGCCCGCCUCGUGGCGGGGAUGUCCGCCCGCCGCCGAGCCCGCUUGGUGCUGUGGGACAUCAACACGCAGAGCAACGAGGAGACGGCGGGCAUGGUGCGGCACAUCUACCGGGAGAUCUCCGACGAAGCUGUGGUCGCGGCUCAGAAAGCAGGGCAUGGUGAAGAGGAAGUGCUACCUCCCUACAACUUACAAGUUCAUACAUAUACUUGUGAUGUGAGCAACAGAGAGAAUGUGUACAAGACUGCUGAGAGAGUCUGCAAGGAGGUUGGUGAAGUCUCAGUCCUGGUGAACAACGCUGGUGUGGUUUCUGGGCACCAUCUUCUGGAGUGUCCUGAUGAGCUUAUUGAGAGGACCAUGAUGGUUAAUUGCCAUGCACAUUUCUGGACCACUAAAGCUUUCCUUCCCAAAAUGCUGGAACUGAACCACGGACACAUUGUCACUGUUGCAAGCUCUCUUGGCCUCUUCAGUACUGCUGGAGUAGAGGACUAUUGUGCCAGUAAAUUUGGAGCCGUGGGAUUUCAUGAGUCCCUGAGCCAUGAACUAAAGGCAGCUGAAAAAGAUGGUAUUAAAACAACACUAGUUUGUCCUUACCUUGUAGAUACAGGAAUGUUCAGAGGCUGCAGAAUUAGAAAAGAAAUAGAGCCAUUCCUUCCGCCUUUGAAACCAGAUUACUGUGUAAAGCAAGCUAUGAGAGCUAUCCUAACAGACCAACCUAUGAUUUGCACACCUCGUUUGAUGUAUAUGGUCACCUUCAUGAAAAGCAUCCUACCUUUUGAAGCGGUGGUGUGCAUGUACCGGUUUUUGGGAGCGGACAAGUGUAUGUAUCCUUUCAUUGCUCAACGAAAACAGGCCACAAAUAACAAUGAAGCAAAAAAUGAAAUAUAACAUUUUGCAAAGGACUGUUAUUUGUAACAGAAUUAUUAUCAAAUGUUAGGACUGAAUCUGGAGUGCACUUGCAUUUAGCAGGAGCAACUGUUAACAUUUUAUCAUGGCAUUCUCUUGGAUCCUGUACCUGGAUAGUGAACGGGAAAAACACUUUUUUUUUACCUAUUGUAUGUAGAGUAAUCAGAAUUCCUGGGAACCAUGACAGGCAAAUUUAUAAAAAGUAGUGAUCACCCUUGUUCCUUUGAAACUUUAUUAGAUGUACAGUAACAUGCUACUCUUUUUAUAGAGAGAAACUUUGUAUGAUUUCUCUUGAGAUGGUCAUGCAAUUAGAAGAUUCAAUUGUUUCAUCAACUGUUAAUUUUCUUGUGAUAUUUUUAUGAGCUAUCAUUUAAAAAUAUGUAAUGUAGCAGGGCAGUGCUUCAAAGGCUCACCCAGUCUGUGUGGGAUAGAUAAAUUAUAAUUAUGUUUUAUUGUUCAACGUUGCAUAUAUUGAACCUAAAUAUGUCUUCAUUAACAGGAAGUUCAUAUUUUGGAAUGCUUUCGGAAUGGAAGUCAUAAUCCAUACCAUUUCUUUCUGUUACUUAGACAAAAAUGUAUGGCUUGCUUUUAAAAUCAACCACUAUAAAAGCCAGCUUUAAUGGGAUCGUAUGGCAAAGGAAUGUACAGUUAAAUGGUCUUUCUAGACUACACAGUGACGGCCCUGUGCCUAUCAUCCAUUACUGUCCGAUAACCAAUAUUUUUGCUUAAAAUUCAAAAGCAAAAUGAGUUAAGAAAAAACAGUAAAUCUUGGUCCUCUUGCCAAUUGUCACAUUAAGGAAUUACAAAGAUAAAAAGUAAUAUUAGAUGCCUUGAACAUUAGAAAGACUGUAAAAAUGUUUUUUUAAAUUGCAUUAUAGAGCAGAAAACAUUUUUUUACCUUUUUUGUAAGAACAAUUUUGUGCCUUGAAUUUGGUAAACUGUAUUAGUAGAAUAUUGUAAAGGUGAACUUCUACCUCUAUAUCUAUAUGUAUAUCAUCCACUUGUAAAUUUAUUAUAAAAUUAUGUGAUUGUUUUUUUAGAAUGUCAUGUUAAAUACUGACCAACUUUUGUGGUUAUUAAAGUUAGCCACCUUUAAGUAUAACUUGGAUGGAUU